CUUAUCUCAGUGCUGGGCUCACAGGAGUGCUUUGAACUCCAGCUUUGCAUACAUAUCUUAAUGUUUGCCUUGUGCCCCUUAAGUUAAAAAGCACAGAGUGAGAGCAUAAUCUUGAAAAAUCACACUUAAAAUAAGCUUAUAUUUAAGACAACUAAAAUGUCAGUGACCUAACAAUAUGUUUCCUGCCGAGGUCUGGUAACAGUUUUGCAGUGUGACUUGCGUAGCUGAUGAGUAAGACUUCUGGAUCGGGACAGCACAGGAUGGAACCAAAUUUGGAUAACGAGGAACAUUUCAGACCAUCCUAUAUUGCUAGUGUUGAGCCACUUCAAAGAACAGGGCCAGUAAAUGUGGAAGAUCUUAAAACAGAUCUCUCUGGUGAUUUUUCUUUGGUUUCUUCAAGCUCGGACACAAGCCAGAGGAACAUUUUGGAGUCUAAGGGACAUAUACAAGUUUGCCUGCGUAUUAGGCCAUUUACAUUGUUGGAGAGAGAAAAUGAAUUGCAGAGCUGUAUUUCAGUUGAAGAUUCAACAAGCAUCAUACUGAAACCACCCCAAAAUUCUUUGAGUCGACUCAGUGAAAAAACUGCUGGACAGAAGUUCACUUUUUCACAAGUGUUUGGUCCUGAAACAACUCAAGAAGAGUUCUUUGAAGGCACCAUGAAACAACCAGUGCAAGAUUUCUUAGAUGGAUAUAACCGUCUUAUUUUUACAUACGGUGUUACAAAUGCUGGGAAAACCUACACAUUCCAAGGGACAGAAGAUGACGUUGGUAUUCUGCCAAGGACUAUGGAUAUGUUGUUUAAAAGUAUUCAAGGGAAGCUAUACACAGCGAUGGAUUUCAAACCCCAUCGGUGCAGAGAUUAUAUAAAGUUGACUAGAGACCAAGUGAGAGAAGAAACUGCUAUUAAAAAUUCAAUACUUCGCCUAACAAAAGAGGUAGACCAACAAGAUAGCACUAACAGCAAAGUACCAGUUGAUUGUAAGGAUUUGGAAGAACUCCUAAAAGGCUCAGAACAGUCUAGUACAACUGCAAAAAAUCACGUGAAAUUUUCUCUUUGGGUUUCAUUUUGUGAGAUUUACAAUGAAUGUUUUUAUGAUCUACUGAUUCCUAUAUCAAAUGACAAGAAAAGAAAAACACUUCGCCUUGCUCAAGACAUCAAGGGAUGUUCUUAUGUAAAAGAUCUGCAGUGGGUUCAGAUUUCUGAUUCUAAAGAAGCUUUUAGACUUCUAAAACUGGGGUUGAAACACCAGAGUAUUGCAAGCACGAGACUAAAUACUUUCUCCAGCAGAAGUCACAGCAUAUUCACCGUUAAGAUACUAAAAAUUGAAGAUUCAGGAGCCCCACAAGUGACACGAGUCAAUGAAUUGUCAAUGUGUGAUCUUGCUGGUUCAGAAAGAUAUGCGAAGACCCACAAUGAAGGUCAUAGAUUGAAAGAGAGUGGAAAUAUAAACACCUCUCUUCUGAUUCUAGGCAAGUGUAUUAACUCACUCAAGAAUUCUCAACAGUCAAAGUUGCAGCAGCACAUACCCUUUCGGGAAAGUAAGCUAACUCAUUUCCUUCAAGGAUUCUUCAGUGGAAAGGGGAGGGUAUACAUGAUAGUAAACAUAAGCCAAUGUGCUUCAACAUAUGAUGAAACACUAAAUGUGUUAAAGUUCUCGGCCAUUGCACAAAAAGUUUUAGCUAUGGACACAUCUGUUCUUGUCCAAGAUCAGUCAUUUGACCAGAAACCAGCAACAACAUCAUCACUACUUAGUAAUACUAAAAUGCAAAUCUCAAGGAAAAGAGUUGCUGUCCUAUGGGACAGGAGCUUAGAAGAUGUGAUUGAAGAUGAUAAUGAGAUGGAGGAACAGCAUAUAUCAAGAGAAGAAGCAGUGCAGAAACAUGAAGAAGAUAAAGUUCUUAUUGGAAAAAAAGAGUAUAUGAUGCUGCUGAAUCUCAUAGAAGAGUUGAAGAACAAACUUAUUACUGAAAAGAAGAAUAAGUUAUUGCUGGAGUUACAAAUUCGUGAAGAGGUAACGCAGGAAUUUGCCAAAUAUUUUGCUGAGCAGGAAAUAGAUUUCAGCAAGUUCAUUUCUUACGAACGAGAACGGCUUGAAGAAAAUUGUGACAGACGCCUGGAAAUCUUCAAGGAACUUGUAAAUGGUUAUCUUGAAGACAUGGAUGAAGAAAAUAAACUAAAGGAUCAGCCUUGCAGUGAACAAGCUGGACCUCUGGAUGAAGAGUAUGGCAUAGGGCCAGGCACCGACACUGAUCUCGAGAACGUUACUGAUUCUCUGCGGAGCGAUGUCACUGAUACCAAAAAGCAGACGGAAGAGACACACAGACACGUCGUGUCUCUAGAGGACCCACAGGAAGCUAUAGGUUGGCUUGAAAAACAGCUGGGCAAAACUACCACUGAACUAACUCAGACCAAAGAAAAGCUGUCAAAGAAAACCAAUGAACUAAUCAAAAUUGAGGAGCAGCUGACACAGAAAACCAAAGACUUUGAAAUGCAGACGAUUAAAUUGGAUGAGGCUGCUGAGCAGCUUAAAGAGGCAACUGAGAAAAUGAAUACGCAGAAUAAAAGGAUUGAAAUACUAAUGGACAUUGUGGAGCAAAAAGACGAUGCUAUCACGAGACUGCAAGAUUUGAUAUCCUGUUUAGAAGAAACUAUAACAGACUAUGACAACACUGUAACUACCAUGAAAAGAGAACUGGCAGAAAAGAACUCUAAGGAAGUGAUUGAAAGCAGCCAGUUCAAGAAUUGUGAGGAGACUGUAUUGAAAGUGGGAAGGAAGCGUUGCUCUGAAAGUCAGCCUAUUGUGGAAGAAGAGCCACCUGCAAAGAAAGGAUGUAUGAAGGAGAGUUGGGAAGAUGACUCUCUAGACCAAAAGAGAACUGAGUAUGUGACAACAAAUAAAACUGAGAACUCUGCAGAAAUCCUAGCAUUGAAGGAAAGAACUGAAACCUUGGAAGGUCAGCUAGCUGCACUUGAAGAACAAUGCAGAAGAGAAAAAAACAAAAAAGAAGAGCUCAGUGGGCAAAUUAAAAACUUGAAUCUCAAGCUCUCUGCUUCUGAAGAAAGGGCUUCUGGCUUAGAUGAAGAACUUCAGCGGUGUCGAGCUGACUAUCAGGAGAUUGUUUCUGAAUUGGAGAAACAGAAAACUAUCAAUAGGGAACGAAAAGAAAAGAUUAUUCAGCUAAAUAAUGAAGUAGAAGGUGCUAAACAAAAUAUAAUUUAUAAAGUGUCACUAAUUAAAACAAUGCAGUCCAAAGUAGAUGAGUUGUAUAAAUGUCAGUUAGAAUCUUACACUGAUAUUGAUUCCGUUCAUCUAGAAGACUCCUCAGACUCUCAGAAAGAUGAACUAGAUAGAGCUCUAAUGAGUCCUGUAUGCUUGGAGUCCCAAACUGCUUCCACAGCAGAUCUGAGACAGGAGAACUCCUUUCAUUGCAGUGUGGAAAGCAUUUGGGAAGAAUGCAAAAAUAUUGUUAAGGCUUCUUCACAAAAAAGUCAGCGGAUUCAAGAACUACUUAAACAAGUUGAAGACUUAAAGAAGGGACUUGAUGAUGCUGAGAAUUAUAAUAAUCAACUUCAAAUAAGGUUAAAUGAGGCUGCAAAUCAAGAUCAGCAGGAUCACCAGGCUGCAGAGGAUCAAGAAGUAAUUGCACAGCUUGAAGAGCAAGUAGCCAGCUACCAGAAAAAAAUAACAGAGCUUGAAUGCCUUUUGGAUACUUCUAGAACUAAAGAUGCCAUCAUAACAUGGUUAGAAGAAGUACUUCAAGGAAAAAACUCUAUUAUUAACAAUCUGGAAACUGAUACAGAGGCUCUGCGGGAGGAAUGUGCCAAUUCAGACAAAAAACUGAAAGAAUUAAAUGAUCAGAAAGCAGAUCUAAGGGACGAAGUUGUGCAGUUGAGGAACAGCUUGGAAAAUGUGAAACACACUCUUCAAGAAAAAGAGAAAAAUGAAGAUGAGCAAAUACAAAUUAUAGAAUUGCUACGUAAAAAUCUUUCUGAGAGUUCUGCCCUUGUACAGCGUUUGAAAAAAGAUUUGCAGAGGAAAGAGGAAGAAUAUGCAGAUUUGAAAGAGAAGUUUUGUGAUGCCAAGAAACAAAUUCAGCAAGUACAAAACCAGGUGUGUGCAAUGCAAUCGGAGGAGAAAUCCCUGAGGAACAAAGUUGAUGAACUUGAGAAAAUUAAAAUCCAGCUUAGUAAAGAAUUAGAGAUGAAACAGCGUACAAUUUUGCAAUUUAAAAAGGAGCAGUUGAAUAAUGAGAAGCUGGAAGCAGUCUCCAAACAGUAUGAGGAAGCAUGUAAAGAUCUGUGUGCAAAGGAAAAAAUAAUUGAAGAUAUGCGGAUGACAUUAGAAGAACAAGAACAGACUCAGAUUAAACAGGAUCAAGUGCUUGAAGCCAAAUUAGAAGAGACCAACAGAUUAGUUUGGGAACUGGAAGCAUGGAAGCAGAAAUGUAGAGAGCUGAAUAACCAGAGCAAUAGAGACUGGCAGCAAAAGAUGAGCAACGCCUCAGAAAAAAACAGAGCUGAAAAUGAGGAAUUAAUAAAGCUGCAAAAAGAACUGAAGGAGAAUGAGGCAAAGUAUCAAACCGAUAGAAAGAAUUGGCUGGAGGAAAAAAUGAGACUCAUAAGUCAAGUGAAAGAAGCUGAGAGCCAUCGCAACAGAGAAAUGAGAAAAUUUGCAGAGAACAGAGAACGUUAUGUAGAGCAACAAGCGGAAAUUGAAAGACUUGCUGCACAGCUGGUAGAAAAGGACAGCAAUCUUCAAAAGUGGCGUGAAGAAAGAGAUAAAUUAGUAGAAGCUUUGGAAGUACAGCUCAAGACUUUGGCUUCUAUCACCGUACAAAAAGACAAAGAGAUAGCAGAACUGAAACAAGCUGCAGUGAAGGAUUCAGGAAAGGAUGAGGAAGCUGAUAUAGAAGAACUAAGGAAACAGCUGGCUGAGAAAGAGGACUUUAUAAAGGAGUUGAAACAACUCAUUAACCAUAAAAGUCUUCAGUCUUUGGCAGAAGUACCUUUACCUGAAGGACAAGAUAAAAUAGAUCAGUCUGUAAACAAAGAGGACCAUUCAGAAAUUGUCCUCGACUCUUCAGAAGUGUCCACAGAAAAUGGAAAUACUAGUCGGUUCCCAAAACCAGAGAUGGAAAUCCAGUUCACACCUCUGCAACCCAAUAAGGUGGAGGUGAAACACCAGGGCAGCACCUUACCAGUUACAGUUAAAAUGCUCAAGCCAAGAAGGAAGAGGAAGAGUGAAGAGAUGGAUGAGAUGUCUUCUAAACAGCUGUUUAGAAAAGAAGACCCCUUAAGAAAGCAAAAAUCUACUUCAAGUAAAAAGUCAGCUAAAAAGAAAGAUGGAACACUAAAAAAAAUUGAAGAUUUUUUCCAACGUUCUCCUACUAUUAUUCACUCUAAAGCAAAGAAGCUAAUGGCAACAAUAAGCUCUCCCAAGUCUGCAGAACCAGAAAGUGUCAAAGGAAACGAGCUCAAGCCAAAACGAGCUAAAAGAAAGCUCUAUUCAAGUGACAGUUCUUGCCCUCUAGAUAUCCCUGAUUCUUUGACCUUGAUAGAACACAGAGAAGGAAAGUGAUCAGCUAAUCAUCCAUCAACAGCUGCGCUCAAAAAGAGCUACAAAAUCUUGCAAAAGUAUUUUCUUGCUUAAGAGAUAUUUACAUUCUAUUUCUUCAGGUGAUUGUAUAUAGGAAGUA